AUGAUAGUCAUGAUCCUGAUAAUCCAGAUACAGAUAGAAAAUUAGAUAAAUUUAAUAUUUAUAGUAUGUUCAUUUUAACUAUCACAAACUUAUUUUAGAGAUGAAUAGUAUAGAUGGAGAGAAGCUGUUUCUGAAGAUUAAUUGAAAUGUGAUUCACCUGGAGUCAACUAUUAUAUAUGUAUCAAUAGAAUAAGUGAAAAUGCAAAUAUGAUGUAAGUUUAGGUUCUUCUCUUGAAGAUUUAAGUCCUCCUAUUAAAUCAGAAGAUUCCAUAUUUUAUAGUUGGUGUAAUAGAAUAUCAUUUAAUAAGUAAGGAUGUAUGCCAUAGUUUUGAGUUUUAAAGGCUAUCUAUAAUUGAUAGCUGUGAAUCACAGAUAAAAUUUCUGUAUUGA